AUGAGGAAGAAUACGAAGAACGGCAGUGAUAUUCACGUCGUCCACGAUCCUGGACAGGGAUCGACAAUCGACAUAGUUGCCAUUCAUGGCCUCACUGGCCACUGGAAGGAGACUUGGACUCCCAAAGGCACUGGUGCUUCGUACUUCUGGCUCGCAGAAGCUAUCCCAGAGACCUGCCCCGAGGCCCGCGUCAUUUCCUGCGAGAUCCGCAGCCUCGAUCAACACGCUAUCGACAACCUCAUCUUUAAUCUCAUUGACGACCGUGAAACCCAUGGUCGAACCAAAGUGCCGCUUGUGAUCAUCGCCAAGAGUUUCGGUGUCAAUUUCGUCAACCAAGAGUUUGAGGCCUUGGGCGGCUUGGAGUUGCCCAUAGCAUGCUUCUAUGAGACGGAACCUAUCAGCCAAGUAGAUGAAUCUAAGGAUGGUUCGGACGCCUCCUUGAAGAACGUAAUGCGUUCCCUAAGGGGACUGGUCUCCAAGGUACUCGAUCAAGGCCUCAAGAUUCUCUCUAUAGACGGCGGCGGCGUACGGGGGCUUUUCUCCGCCUUGGUGCUUCGGGCUAUCAUGGAGGCCGUCCGAGAUAUUGACACUCCGGAGUUUCCGGAUAUACCCAAGCCAUGUGACUACUUUGAUCUCAUGUGCGGAACGAGUUCUGGCGGGCUUCUUGCAAUAAUGCUUGGUCGUCUACGGAUGGAUGUUGUUGCCUGUAUCAGAGAAUACCGCGCUCUCGCGGGUGAGAUCUUUAAGAACUCGCCAAAUGAUCCUCAAAAGUUCUCGAAAUCCAUCAUACGCAAGCCAUGGUUCCCAGGAGAGACACUGGAGAGCAUAACCAAGGGUCUUGUAACCGACUACUUACCAACAGUAGAGAAGGAACAUCUCAAGAGACAGGGUAUCAAGGUUGAAGAUGCACCCCUACAACCGCACACCCAGACGGGCUGUCCCACUUUCGUGUGUGCUCGUCCGGUUGCCGAAGAUAGAGGCGACAACAAAGAUCCCCGUCCUGACCGCCUUCGGACGUAUUCGUCCCCUUUAAGCGAGCCUAGCUCGGGAUGCAAGAUUUGGGAAGCCGCGCGAGCGACCUCAGCUGCGCCUUUCUACUUCCCACCCAUGAAAAUCAACGGUAUUGACUAUGUCGAUGGCGGUAUGGGAAGUAACAAUCCGAUCAGGGAGGCUGUCAACGAGGCCCAGCAAUUUGGGUCCAUCUCGUGCAUCAUCAGCAUCGGCGCUGGGCGUGGUGAUAAAACAUCGCCUAGAGGCGGCCUUGUUUCCCUGCUUCGGUCCAACUUGAGCGACGUAACGGACACGGAGGGUGAGCACUGCUGGUUCGUGGAGGGCAAUGAUAAGCUGAGGGUUGAGUACUCCCGUCUGCAGGAAGAGACUGACCUAGGCAAAAUCGACCUUGCCGACUGGAAGAAGCUGGAGGUGAUUGACAGUCUUGCCCAAAAGUAUCUCCAGAGUGAUGAGGGGAGGGAACAAAUUUUUGAAGUGCGCAAAGCUACUUUCGAGAAAACAUGGAGAGGGGAGGAUCUCGGAAGCACCCUCGGACGCGGCAUCGUGAACUCCACGGCAAGCUUGAACUCGGCCAACGUGUAG